AUGGAAUGUGGCGGAAUACCCUUUGUACUCUUUGUACUUCAUUUCUGUUCUUUUAUUUUCCAGAAAGACGAAUCUCUUGAAGAGCCAGAGAUCCGAUAUGAUGAAUUUGGUUUCCGAGUUGGCAAAGAAGAUAGUGUAGAUCCACCCAGCAAACUUUUGGGGAUCUCGCUGAUUGAAGAGCCACAGCAGAGACUGAAAUGGCAAGCCCAUCUGGAGUUCACACACAAUCAUGAUGUGGGAGACCUCACGUGGGAUAAGAUUGAAGUCACACUUCCGCAUUCAGACAAGCUACGUUCUCUGGUUUUGGCCGGCAUUCCUCACAGUAUGAGGCCCCAGUUGUGGAUGAGACUAUCAGGUGCUCUACUGAAAAAGAGAAAUUCAGAAAUGUCUUACCGAGAAAUUGUGAAAAACAGCUCCAAUGAUGAAACAAUUGCUGCUAAACAGAUUGAAAAGGAUUUACUCCGCACCAUGCCCAGCAAUGCCUGUUUCUCCAACAUGAAUAGCAUCGGAGUACCACGGUUACGCAGAAUAUUACGUGGAUUGGCUUGGUUAUAUCCUGAAAUUGGGUACUGUCAAGGCACUGGCAUGGUAGUGGCUUCCUUGCUUCUUUUCUUAGAAGAGGAAGAUGCCUUCUGGAUGAUGUGUGCUAUCAUUGAAGAUAUGGUGCCAGCCUCCUACUUCAGUACCACCUUGAUGGGGGUCCAGACUGAUCAACGUGUCCUACGCCAUCUCAUUGUGCAAUACCUGCCACAGCUGGACAAACUUCUUCAGGAACAUGACAUUGAGCUCUCCCUCAUUACCCUACAUUGGUUUCUUACAUCAUUUGCUAGUGUGGUGCAUAUCAAGCUGUUGUUGCGUAUCUGGGACUAUUUCUUCUACCAAGGCUCCAUUGUUCUCUUUCAGGUUACACUGGGUAUGCUCAGUUUGAAGGAAGAUGAACUCACCCAGUCUGAGAACUCUGCAUCUAUCUUCAACACCCUCUCGGAUAUCCCAUCUCAGAUUGAAGAUCCUGAUGUGCUCCUACAGGAAGCCGUACGUGUGUCUGGCUCACUGACAGAUAUAGUAGUAGAAACUCAGCGUUGCAAGCACCUUGCUUACCUCAUUGCGGACCAAGGGCAGCUACUGAGUCCUGGUGCUGCAGUAAACUUAUCAAAG